CCGACGUCACGCCGCCCCGCCUCCGGCCUGGAGCGGGUGGGGAGUUCGCUUGCGUCCCGGAGGAGAACGCGGGCGGCGAGCCAUGGCGGUCACGCUGCCGGAGGUCGUGGAGGAGCUCCUGAACGAGAUGGCCGCCGCUGUGCGGGACAGCGCGAGAAUUCCCGAUGAGCUUCUCUUAUCGCUGAAGUUCAUGUUUGGGUCAUCGGCCAUCCAGGCCUUGGACCUAGUUGAUCGAGAGUCCGUCACUUUAAUCUCUUCAGCCAGUGGAAGGCGUGUUUACCAGGUGCUUGGGAGUUCUGGCAGGACAUACACAUGUCUGGCUUCCUGUCAUUACUGCUCAUGCCCAGCGUUCUCCUUCUCAGUGCUCCGGAAGGGUGACAGCCUGCUGUGUAAGCAUCUCCUGGCCAUUUAUCUUAGUCAGGUUAUGAGAAACUGCCAGCAGCUCAGUGUGUCUGACAAGCAACUGACAGCCCUGUUAUUGAUGGAGAAGACACAAGAAGCAUAAAAGGUGCAGACAGAAGCCUACCAGGAAAUGCAUUCAGCAUCUCAAGGC